UUCCUCCUGCUGCUGCUGCUGCCGCGGCGCCUCGUCGUCGUCGUCCUCCUCCUCCCAACAAUAGCAGGCCCCGAGUCGGGCCCGUGAGGGCGGGAGGAUGUGCAAAGGGGGCCGAGGCCUCUAUGCCGGAGAAGGAGCCGGACCUGCUCCCCACCCCACCUGUAUUCCCGGGCCGGCUGCGGGGCGGAGAGGGUAAGGGGAGCGAGACCCGGCUGUGCGUUUGUGGAUUUGAGGGGUGCAAGAGGAGAUGUAGGAACUACUAAGGGAGGAUUCGAGAUCUGGCCAAUCACUGUGACUACUCCUGGAGUUUUGGGAAAAGAUCCUGAAGGAAAUGAUGUCUGAAACCAAGCUGCAGGGUGAGAUGAAGCCAGAUGGAGGGAGCAGCGAGACUCUGACCACCCAGGAGCUGCUGCAGAGGCUCCGAGAGCUGGAGACGGAGAAUUCAGUUUUGGCACAAGCCAAUGAGAACCAGCGGGAGACCUAUGAACGUUGUUUGGAUGAGGUUGCCAAUCAUGUGGUGCAGGCGUUGUUAAACCAGAAGGAUCUUCGUGAGGAAUGCAUCAAGCUAAAAAAGCGAGUCUUUGACCUUGAGCGGCAAAAUCAGGCAUUGAGUGAUCUCUUCCACCAGAAGCUGACAUCUGGCUCACUGUCCCAGCUAUCACCCCAUCCUACUUCCUUGCUCUCUGAUCUAGUGUCCAGUUCCCAGCCGGACAUGGUAGAGAAACUCCAGGCCUCCCUUUCCCUGGGACGCUGCAUUUUGCAGAGAGAAGCCACCUCUGAGGAGCCGUGCAUUGGCACUCCAGGGCCCAACUCCCAGGCCUUGGAGGCUCUGUCCCCUUUCCUGCGAAAGAAGGCUCAGAUCCUGGAGGUGCUCCGAUCACUGGAAGAGAUGGAUCCCCUGCUUUCCUUCCCUGCCGCUUGGAAAGAGCCCAGGCAGUCCAUUUCCCCAGAAGGUGUCACUGCCGAAGCCUGGCCAUGUCUGCUGCUGGGGCAGGGAGAGAGUGUGCCUGGGAAGCCUCCAUCCAAAGGAGAGGGCAGCUCCUCUUCCUCGUCGGAUGAGGCUGGCGAAUCGGAUCCGCCAGAGAAAAGGCACUCUGGGCAGGUGCUGCUGAGCGCACUAACGGAGCACAAGUUGGACUUGGGGGAUGUGGAGACGUACCUGCAGCAGGUGCUUCGAGAGGCUGGCGAGAAUUCCCUGCUAAACGGGGAACCCAAUGGGCCCUCCUUGAUGGAAAGCUCUGGGGGCCAGGUCAGUAGCUACAAGCACAUCCAGGCUGUCAGCUGCCUAGAAGGCUUGGGGCCUCCUUCUGCUUGCCUUGGGGUCGUAUCCCCAGGUGAGGACAAGACCAAGCCUUGGCAGGGCACUCCCAUCCCCUCGCCCUCCAAGGUGCUCAAAUUGCUGAAAAUGCCACCACCGAGCCCUGCUGCCCUCCGCCUCAGCCCCCAGCUCACUCGCAGUUCCAAAAUCCCAUGUCGUAGCAAUACGUAUGAGGUGUACCACUCUCCAGCACCCAGCUGCAAGGGUUCCCCUGAUAGCCCCUUCCCCACCGACCCAGGUUUCAUUGCAGGGCAUCCCUCCCCAAAAGCUGGCCGGCAUCUUGUUCCUGCGCCACCCAAAGUCACGCCGACCUCCCCAGAUCCUUUUGGCUACCACAAGCCCCAUGAGUAUGAGAACAUCUUGGAGCUGUCCCUCAGUGGUGCUGUGGGCUCUAAUUCUCACUCGCCACGAGACGCCAAGCCGGAUAUAUCGGAAGCAUAUCUGCCCACCUGCCGCUCAGCACCUGUCCGGACAGUGCCCCCCAGUGAUGGUCCACUGGAGUCCAGCCUAUUUGCUGGUGGACAGGAGAAGGCAGGGGCAGAGGGCCGGACCUCUCCACCUCUUGCUCGCCGAAACGCAGAUGGCUCUAAGAAGGUUGCAAACGGCCCAAGCAAGCGGGCCCCUGAGGUGGCCAAUAUGCCCUUCAAGGAACGACUCACUGUGCUUGGGAGACUGAAGGGCGCUGAGGGAAAGGAGCAAGCAAACUUUGAGAAAGGGAGGGCCCCAGCCCGGCCCUGUGAGCGUUCAGAGGGCUUUGCUGAAGCCCACCCCAGGCUGGGCACUGGGAGCAGCAGCCUAAAGCACCAUGAGCCUUGCCAUGGUGCAGAACCGACCCCUCGGUGCUAUUCUUCUCACUCCGUGGGCUCCCGUGGGAGUGACCCUGAGCACCAUGGCUCCAAGAACCGUCAGCUGGGGAUGCCAGUCACCAGGAACUCUGCCAAGGCUCUGCCUCCGGGAAAGAAUGUCAAAAGCCCUCAUGGAAGUCCCACCAAAUUACCUUCCAAAUCUCCUACCAAGGCCCCAGUGCCGGAGCCCAAGCCAUGCCCGCCUUCCGCCAAACCACCCACCACCAAUGUGGGGCGCAAGAACCCCCCUGGCCCAGAUCCUGCCAAGGGUAAACCCGGACUUCCAGCCAGCAUUGAAGAAAAGGUGAUGAAGGGCAUCGAAGAAAAUGUCCUGCGACGGCACAAAGGCGGGCUUGCAUCCGGCGAGGCCAAGCAGAAAAACUCCAGUGGUCUUGCCAGCUGGUUUGGCCUGCGGAAGAGCAAACUGCCUGCCCUCAGUCGGAGGCCAGAGCCCCCCAAAGCCAAGGAGGGCAAACUGGUCUCUCGCAGGCUGGAAGCUGAGAGCCUGAACAUUUCCAAACUGAUGGAGAAGGCGGAGGACCUACGCAAGGCCCUGGAAGAGGAGAAGGCCUACAUCAAUGGGCUGGCCUUAGACAAACCACGCCCCCAUGCGUGUGAUGCCGGUCACAACCAGCUCACCCUCAUGUACCAGGAGGUGACUGCUGAGAACUUCAUGCAGCAGCUACUCAACAGGGUGGAUGGGAAAGAGGCACCAUUCGAGGGUCAUCUGGAGCAGAAGAACGAACUGCAGGGCCUGCAGAGGGGCUUGCAUGGUGCCAAAGACCCACGGCUUGCCCGACCUCCACGCAACGGCAUCAUUGGACACCGCCAUGCCUGUCCAGAGGCCCCUCCAAAGCUUCAGGAUGCAAUUUUGCCAGAGGAGAUGCCAUCUGAUGACAGCUUAUCUGAAUCGGUGACCUCCCAGCAUUUUGCAGUAUGUAGCUCCUUGACACGGACCCUGGACAGCGGCAUCGGCACCUUUCCACCACCAGAUUAUUGCAGCGGGAUGCCCUGUAAGAGUGUGCCUAAGUUAAGACCCCGGCUCAACCCUCAACCCGCUGGCCCUUUCCCAGUUAGAGGCCCCCCUCCUGCUACCAAGGUGCCUCGCAAAGCCCGGACUCUGGAAAGGGAAGUACCCAGUGCAGAGGAUCUACUGGGGCCCAGCAAGCACCAAAGCAUGCCAGCUUUCCAUGGGGUCUUAACCAAUGUUGAGCCAUCCCCUGGGCAUCUCGAUCGCAGGGACUGCCCAGAAGAUCUCUGCAGCGCUCCCAGCAAGCCGCAUUGCACCCAGCAGAGCAAGAACUGGACUUUCCCCAAUGCCAAAACGUCUGCUGGCACGGAUCCCUUUCUGUGCUCCCCUCGCAGGAUGGAGGGACUUCAUGGGUCUGCAGUGGGUUCAGCGUGCAGCAUUGUCGAGAGGAGACGAACCUCAGCCAACAGGCCUCAGGCCUCACCAGCUUUCAGCACCAGCAGCAGCCGCACUCCCAGCGCUUCCGAUGUGGGCGAAGAGGGCAGCACAGAGGCCCAUUCCAGGGGUAUGGGCCCAGAAGGCCAGCCAGGCCUGGAGAACUCCGAGUCACUCAGUGACUCACUUUAUGACAGCUUGUCCUCCUGUGGCAGCCAGGGCUGACCGUGACUGGGGAAGGGGCCGAGUUUGGGGCAUUGGCUGAUGGCUCCACAUGCUCCUGCCUGGUGCUUCAAAAGACCCAGCUCUGUCUCCGGGAUCCUACUUGAGCCUCUCAAAACCAAAUCUUGGCCCUGCACCAGAAUAUGAUGCGUCUUCCACACCCGGCACUCCUGUCUCUCCCAAAACAGGGAACUUUAUGAACCAGGGCACCUGGAGACUUUGAUGAGAGAAGGAGUGAAGGUCAGAGAAAGAGAUGUGGCGGGUGGCACAGGACCUGACCCCUGGGGGUUUGCUCCUGCCGAACAGAACUGGACCUGCUUAGCUAUGUAUCCUGUGCUACUCCCUAGAGCACCGAAGGGGGGGGGGAUCUGCCUUGCCUUGCCAAUCCCUUGGCCAGCUUAGCGGGGUUUUAAAUUUACAGCAGGAAAGGACGGAUCCAGGCACCUGGGCUGUUGGGGAUUCUCCUCGGAGGCAUAGGCCAUCGCAGGGAACAAACAUCCCUCCGCAGUUCUCACCAGCUUAACCGCCUGAUGCUGGUGUCUUUUUUGCUGGCUGAGCGGAGAGAAGCUUCGGGAGAAUAUCCCAUGUCUGCCAUUUCAAAAGCUGCCUCACUCUUACCUCACUGGCUGUGCAAAACUCUUGCCUAAGCGUAUUACUCAAGUCCCUCUGCUUCUCCGCACUCAGGGAGCACACUGAGCUUCGCCCAAGUUUAGGAUUUCCCUCCCAAGAGGGUUGAAGAGUGGGGGGUUGGGAUGUCUUCAGCCCACCCCUGGAGCUUGAGCGCCAUGGCUGCUGGAGCAUUCCAAACCGACAGCAGCAAAGGGGGAGGAGGGAAAGUGUCAGAAGGAUACUGUCUCCGCCUCGUCCUGUUAUUGUGGCCUCCCGGUAGUCUCUUGGUUUGCUGAGGAUUAGGCUUCCAACUUGAAGAACAGUUCCUCCUGCCCAGGACAACUAACUAGCUGGGACGCUUCUCCACCAUAAUCAGGUCUCCUGGGUCCUAGAGCUACCAUGGGCUCAGGAUGGACAGUUGGGUUCUCCACUCCCCACUCCUUCCAUGUAAUGUUUUUUUAAGCGUUAAGUCAGGGGUGUCCAGCUCUGGCGCUUCAGAUGUUCAUGGACUACAAUUCUCAUCAGCCCCUGCUGGUAUGGCCAAUUGGCUAUGCCAGCAGGGACUGAUGGGAAUUGUAGUCCACGAACAUCCAAAGCGCCAGAGUUGGACACCCCUGUGUUAAGUUAUAAAUGUUGCUGUUUAGUUUUCUGCACAGUCAUCCCAAUUUUUCUUGUCCUUUCCCUGUUUCAAUGGGAGCCUUGUUGGCUCCCCCAAUGGUGCUAUUUUGCUGUGUGCAGGUCUUUCUCCUCGUGAGACCUUCUUUGUUGUCCUUUUUAAUUUUUUUUAUAAAAAUCAAGAUGUCUUUUGCUCUUCUCCUUCUUAUUUAUAUAAGUUAUUGUGAAAUGAGGCUGUUUGCUGUCUUUGCUCUCCCAGAAAAUAAAGGGAAAAAGAUA